AUGGAGGGGGAGCCCCCUUUGAAACGAUUCCGGGGGGGCGCCGACGUUGGCCAAGCGGCGAGGGCGCGGGAAGCCGUCGAAACCGAUGACGCCAGGCCCGAUGGGCAGUCGUCCCUCGUCCCCUCCGCCCCCCGGGACACGCGCGUUUGUGUCAACGUGGGCGGUAGCUGCAUCACGACGCUGGCCAGCACGCUCUGCGCGGAGCCGUCGCUGCUGUCAGAGUGGGUCAACAGCAACUUCGCCGGUCUCCCCCGGGACGCCAAGGGCAAUCCUUUCGUGGACCGUGACCCCGAGAACUUUCGGCACAUCGUCAAUUACCUGCGCGGCUACGAACUGCCGAACGCCACUGAAAAGGUCGUCUUUUUGGCGGAGGAUGCCGAGUUCUACCGUAUUGAAAAGCUGCGGGCCUUGAUCGACCCUCCGGCGCGGUGGCGGUUUGUGAGUGGGCCGGGCGUUUCGCAGGACAGUAUGCACUUCAGCACGCAGAACAUCCUCGGCAUUUGCGGCAAGGAGCCGUUGCCUGCAAGAGGAAGGUCCGUUUUUGUUCUGCGUGUAGACAAGUGUGAGCUGGUGACGGUUGGUCUCAUCGGCACAGACUCACCGCUUGAGAACGAGCCGCUGCAGGGCCAGCCGCGCUCCAUUGCGUACUGCAACACAGGUGAGCUCGUGCAGUGCUUCGAUGACGAGAAGACAUACGUGUCGGGAACGGGAUUUAAGAGUCACGACCUUGUCACAGUGCGUGUGGCGUUUACGCCAGGCUCCUCAGCGAAGAUUGCGUUCCUGUGCGGCACCGUGAAGGCCUACGAGGCGGAGUGGCCUUCGCCCACGCCUCCACUGCGAUUUGCGGUGAGCCUGCAUGGAACCUCUGCCGUCAUGCUGGAGCGCUGCAUCACGGGUGACAUGAGCUGCGAGGAGGAUAGGGAGGAGGCCAGCGGCGUGGACGAAACAGUAUAG